AUGUCCACAUGCAGCCCACCCCACCCACGGGCCCCUGGAGCCUCCAUGCAAGUUCCCACCACGCACCCGCCCCACAAAUCCUGCCCAAGCCCGGGUCCCCGACCCUCUUACCACCACUGUCCAUAUCUCCUGCUGGGUGAGGUCCUUGGACACAGCGCACUUGGUGUGCAGCCCCAGCAGGCUGCUGAUGGAGAUGCCGAUGAGCUUCUGGAGCUGCCGGCACUGCUGCAGCGCCCGGCUGGCCGCGGCCCCCGCGCCUCACUCCACGGCCUCCUCAUCACCCCCGCCACCGCCCUCCUUCUCUCCCAUCGCGGCGGCGCACAGCGCUGCUCUAUGCACACUGCGGUGGCCGAGGCAGGGAGCCCGGGGCGCGGGCGCUUAAGCCAGGAACCCCCGAGACGGAAGAGAUGGACCAGGAGGGCCCCUCGCCGCUGCUCCAGCCAGGACGCCGGUAGAGCUGGCAGCCCAGUCUGCUGCUCCAGCCCUCAGAGACGCGGUGGCGGGAACAAUAAGCCACGACUGCAAAAAGCUGCAACGGCCUGGGCAAAAAGCCGCGGCAACGGGGGGAAAAAGCCGCAAAAAGAUACGGCGGCGGGGGCAAAAAGCCGCGGUGGCGGGGGCAAAAAGCCACUAAAACCGCGGCGACGGGGACAGAAAGCCGUGGCGGCGGGGAGCACAAAGCCCCGGGUGCUGGGACAAAAAGCCGCAGCAGCAAAAGCCGCGGCGGCGGAGAGCAAAAAGCCGCAAAAAGCCACGACGAUGGGGGCAAAAAGCCUCGGGUGCGGGGGUAAAAAGCCGCAAAAAGCCGUGGGGGCGGGGGAAAAAGCCGCGACGACGGGGCAAAAUGCCUUGGCGGCGGGGGUAAAAACCGCAAAAAGCCGCGGCGGCGGGGGAAAAAGUCACAACGAUGGGGGCAAAAAGCCGCGGAGGCGGGGGCAAAAAGCCACAAAAAGCCGCAGCGGCGGCGGGGGUAAAAAACCGCAAAAAGCCGCGGCGGCGCGGUUAAAACGCUGCGGCACAUAA